AUGAAUGUGUCUGCUGCCAAUGUGACAGUGGCUAUACAAUAUGGAGAUUCUUUCUCCAAGGCUUUGAUUAAGAACCUCAUUGUUGUGGCCCUCAGUAUCUUCAUCAACUACAUCAAUGCAGGACUCAUUUAUACCUUCUCUAAACACCAGAUCUUCAACACAAAUCCCCGGUACAUCCUGUUUGUUCACUUGGUGAUCAAUGACAUGAUCCAAGUAACGCUGACUGUCGCACUUUUCAUCAUUAGCUACAUCUUCUUCUGGAUGCCGAUGACUGUUUGUUACUUCUUUAUACUGAUUGCUAUCUUCACUACUGAAAACACCCCGCUGAACCUGGCCUGCAUGGCAGUGGAGUGCUACAUCGCCAUCUGGAUGCCCCUCCGUCACGCUCAGAUCUGCACAGUUAAAAAAACACGGCUGCUGAUUCUUUUAAUCUGGGCCACCAGCUUGGUGUCUGUUCUCCCUGAUCUCUUCAUGACUUUGGCUACGGAGUCA